AUGAACCACAAUCCCAUUAGGAUCCAUUUUCCGGCAAUCGACAGUGCUCUUGGCGGCAUCCCCAAACCCGAGCGGCACAUCCGCCAUGGAAAAGACAACAACACCGUCAUUCACCUGAAUGCUCUCUGUAAUCCUACCCACGCCGCCUUUCAACACGCUGUUCCCGUACAAGAAGCUCAUCUCAGACGUCGGCUUCAGCCACACCUUGUGUUUGGCGUUCGCGGCCAGGAGAUUGAGGCUCUGGAUCGUGAGGUGGAAUUUCCCGGCUUUCGUGAACUUGCCGAUUUGGGUUCCGAGCGAAAUCAGCUUCUCACGCUUGAUGUUGGUGGCGCGCUUGACCAGGGAUUCGGAAACGUAAUACACGCGGUUCUUCUGAAGACGAAAGCAAUAACGGCCCGGAUUCGAGUCGGGCCCUUCGUGGGAUUCUUUGAUCAACUUCCAUUUUCAUCAGCAGGACAAAUAUUCGCAAAUGGUUUGUCAAGAUAA